AGAAAAAACACAAAACGAGUUCCAAGCUUUCGCAAGUUACUGAGAACUAGUAAAAUAAAACUUGAGAACAAAUUAAAGAAUAAACAGUACAAGCAGCAGAGUGCUGCUAAGAAGUAUCGAAAAGAACAGAAGAAGCUAAGGGAGGCUGUCAGAGAUGCCAUCUCUAGAAAACCUUUUCCAUUGGAGGAUUGCAAGAGAAAACAAGUUGCUGAAAAACGGGAUGAAGAGGAGGAGGAAGAUGCUCUUCCACUGGACAUGAUGGAUGAAGAUGACUUAAAAUUAAUGGAAGAUUUGGCUCAAAAAGCAUCAUUUUUAACCAGAGAUCUUUCUUCCAAUGAACCUGUUCACAUCAAAAAACGAAAACAUGAAAGUGUGAUUGACAAAUAUGAGAAGGUGCCAAGACGUAUGCAGACUGAACCAGAAAAAGAACUCAUCCAUCUGCUCCCCAUCAAAGACAAAAGCGGCAUUAUUCCCCAAACCAUGGAAAAGCCAGUUCUCAGCGUUGCCCACGAUGAAGAAGAGGAUACAGAAGAAAUGGAGGAGGCAGAGGACUUCAGUGAAGAAGCCCUGCCUGUUCUCACUCCCGAGGAAAUGGCUGCUCAAAGGAGGCAAAAGCUGCAGGAGAGGAAGAUGCACAUCGCUGCCUUAGCUUCGGCCAUUCUCUCUGAGCCAGACAGCAAUAUAAAAAAGCUGAAGGAGCUGCGUGCCAUGCUGAUGGAACAGGAUCCUAAUGUGGCUGUGAUUGUUCGGAAGCUGGUCAUGGUUUCUUUGAUGGAGAUAUUCAAAGAUAUUGCGCCUUCUUACAAAAUUCGGCCUCUGACUGAAGCAGAAAAGGCGACCAAGGUUAAAAAAGAAACUCAGAAACUGAGGGAAUUUGAAGAAGGCCUUGUGAGCCAGUAUAAAUUUUACUUGGAAAACCUGGAACAAACAAUUAAAGAUUGGAAGCAAAGGAAGCUGAAGAAAAGCAAUGUCAUCUCAUUAAAAGCAUAUAAAGGUCUAGCAGAGGUUGCAGUGAAGUGUCUGUGUGAGCUGCUCGUGGCUCUGCCCCACUUCAACUUCCACAACAACAUCAUUGUCCUCAUUGUUCCACUUAUGAAUGAUGAGUCAAAAAUGAUUUCUGAACUGUGCUUUGAGGCAGUCAAGAAGCUCUUUAAACAAGACAAGCUGGGCUAUGCUUCACUUGGUGUAGUUAAGGUCAUUUCCGGCCUUGUGAGGGGUAGAAAUUACAAUGUCAGACCUGAGGUAUUAAAAGUAUUUCUUCACUUAAGAAUUAAGGAAGUAGAAUUACAAAAAGAUUCUGAAGACAUUGCACCAAAGAAAAAGUUCAUGACUUAUAAGGAGAAAAGAAAAAAUCUUUCAAGAAUGCAAAGAAAGUGGAAGAAAGCAGAAGAGAAACUGGAACGAGAACUCUUGGAAGCAGAAGCAUCAGAAAGUAAAGAAAAAAAACUGAAGCUGCACACAGAGACCUUGAAUAUUGUAUUUGUAACGUACUUCAGAAUUUUGAAGAAAGCUCAGAAGUCUCCACUUUUGCCGGCCGUGCUAGAAGGUCUUGCAAAGUUUGCUCAUCUCAUAAAUGUGGAAUUUUUUGAUGACCUGUUGAUCGUCCUUCAUUCUCUCAUUGCAUCUGGGGGUUUAAGCUAUCGUGAGAGUCUUCAUUGCAUUCUCAGUGCUUUUCAUAUACUCUCUGGUCAAGGUGACGUUCUUAACAUUGAUCCUAUGAAAUUCUACACACAUCUUUACAAGACACUGUUCAGCCUACAUGCAGGUGGUACCAAUGACGACAUAGGGAUUGUGCUCCAGUGCCUGGAUGCCAUGUUUGCCAAGCGGAGAAAGCAAGUUUCCCAGCAACGAGCUCUUGCUUUCCUAAAGCGACUUUCCACACUUGCUCUUCAUGUACUUCCUAACUCCAGUCUUGGGAUCUUGGCAACAAACAGGGUGUUAAUGCAC